AUGUAUAAUUUCCAGGAUACGGUAAUUUUAAGAGGUCGCCCUGCCAAUGGUCAGCCUCCCAAAGAGCGUACACUCCAUCUAUAUGGAUUGAGUGCACCACGCACCGGAAGUCGAGAUCGUCCGGAUGAGCCAUGGGCUUUCGAAGCUAGGGAAUUUGUGAGGCAAUUGAUAGUUGGAAAGGAUGUGGCCUUUUCUAUCUCUUACACCAGUCCUUCCGGAGCCGAAUUUGGAGUGAUUCAUCUGAUGGACAACCCUACUUCACCCUUGGAUGUCCCUUUUGAGAUCGUCAAGAACGGCUGGUCAAAAUUGAGGGAAAACAUAUCUUUCAAACAUAAUGAUUCGGACGAUGUCAGUGAUGGUCCUGAGCAAGAACGCAGGAAUCUAUUGAAACUAGCCGAAGAAAACGCAAAACGAGACGGCUUGGGAAUUUGGGCAGAUGCUACACCGUUGGAAAUCAACUAUUCGAUGCCAGAAGACCCGGCAGGAUUCCUUUCGGAGCACAAAGGAAAACCAUUAGAUGCAAUCAUCGAGUCCAUCUCGAACGGUACGACGGUCAGAGCUCGACUUCUUUUGGGCCCCGCUCAACAUCAAUUCAUCACCCUCACCAUGGCAGGCGUUCGUUCGCCUCGCUCACGCCAACAUACCAAUGCAACAAAUGAUUCUGCAGCGCAAGGCCAGAAUAUUCCUGAUGGAGAGCCUUUCGGUGACGAAGCCAGGUUCUUUACCGAGACACGACUUCUACAACGCAAGGUUACGGUCGUGCUUAUUUCUUUGCCAAGCCCUCAAGCCACUAAUUUGGCCGCUCAGACCAGCCAAGUACAACAAAAUGUGACAGUUGGAAGUUUAAUUGGAAUCGUUCAACACCCAGCAGGCUCAAUUGCAGCCUUGUUGUUAGCAAAUGGAUUGGCCCGAGUUGUGGACUGGCAUGCAGGCUUUUUGUCAUCGGUACCUGAACAACUUGGGGGUGGUAUGGAGCGCUUGAGAAAGGCUGAAAAAGAAGGUAGAGAUACCAAACGAGGUCUAUGGAAAACUCUUGCGGUCGCCGGGAGCGGAUCGGCUACUUCCAAAGACAAUGUUCCCGGGGGUUCAAGCAGUAAGACGAAGUUCGAAGGCACGGUUGCAAGAGUGUGGAGUGGGGAGCAGCUGAGCAUAAGAGUUUCGGCCCCUGGGCAAAAAAUUGUAGAAAGAAAGAUACAGCUCAGCAGUGUUCGACUUCCAAGACCCACAGAUCCAAAGAUGGGAGGGUUGGCUUCAGAUGCGCGCGAAAUGUUGAGGCGAAAAUUGAUAGGAAAGCAAGUACAAGUCGCCAUCGACUACAUCCGGCCCAAAGAAGGCGACUACGAAGAAAAGGAAUGCGCCACCGUAAAGCUGCCUGCCGGAGUAAACGUGGCCAACUUGCUGGUUGAGCGUGGGUACGCCACUGUCUUACGACAUCGUCAAGGCGAGGAUCGUUCGUCUGAAUACGAUCAACUUAUGGCGACAGAAAUGAAGGCUCAAACUGAGGGCAAGGGCCUUCAUUCUGGAAAGGAAUUUCCAUUGCCGAAGAUCACCGAUGUUUCUGAGAACGCGAACCGAGCCAAUUCUUACCUUUCCGGCUGGAAGCGCCAGACCAAAAUGCCAGGUGUGGUUGACUACGUAGCCAGUGGAUCGCGGUUCAAGAUUUGGUUCCCAAAACAAGAUUUGAAAUUCACUUUAGUUUUGAGCGCCAUCAAAUGCCCCAAAACCGCAAGACACCCAGGGGAAAAGAGCGAACCUUUUGGGGCUGAGGCCUUGGACUUUGUCAAUCAAUUGAUUUUACAACGUGACGUCGAUGUUCAGGUGGAGGCUACUGACAAGAGUGGAGGCUUCAUUGGCUCGCUAUUUUUCAACAAGACUGAAAACCUCUCUGUCCUCCUCGUUCGUGAGGGUUUGGCAAGCUGUAAUGAAUUUUCCCUGGAUCGUUCUCCCUACGGAAAGGAGCUCCUAGCUGCUGAAGAAGAGGCUAAGAAGAAUCGCAAAAAUCUUUGGCGAGAUUUUGACACGCAGAAUACGGAAGCAUUGACCUACGCCUCGAACGGUGUGAAAGAUGGCGCAGCUCGCCCUAACAAGGAAUACGUGGAUAUCCUUGUGUCUGACGUGCGCGAACCUUCGGAAGGGACUCGGCUAAGUUUCUCAGUUCAAGUCUUGAAGAACGGCGGCAUUCCUGAAUUGACACAGCUGAUGUCCGAUUUCUCGCUACAUCACCGCACGGCAUCGACUACGCCCAAUGCUGGUCAGUAUCGCGUUGGAGACUUGGUCUCAGCCAAAUUUUCGGUCGAUAAUGCAUGGUACCGUGCAAGGAUUUGCAAGAACAUGAUGUCCAGGAAAGAAGCCGAUGUGGUCUUCAUCGACUAUGGCAAUUCCGAGACGGUGUCACAUUCAAAUCUCAGACCGUUAGAUGUCAGAUUCAAGACGUUGCCAGCUCAGGCUAAGGAAGCCACAUUAAGCUUUGUGAAGCUUCUAGGUACAGACUCGGAGUAUGGAGUCGAAGCCAUGGACAGGUUCAAGUCUUUGGUGGAGGGUCGCACAUUGGUGGCCAACAUCGACUACCGGGAUCCUGCACAGAAAGGCUUACUUCAUCUAUCAUUAUAUGAGCCAUCUGAUUCCCCCACGUCGAUUUCGUCUAUCAAUACCACUCUGGUCCAAGACGGUUAUGCAUUGAUAGACAAUGGAGCCCCUUACAGAUCGGCUUAUCCGGAUAUGUAUCGUGCGCUUCAGAAUGCUAAAACCGAAGCUAAGAAAAACCGGGCUGGCGCUUAUGAAUUUGGAGAUGCCUUCGAAGAUUGAACCAUGUCGAUGAAAAAAUUCUACGCAGCCUGACAUGGGCCCGCUACGGUGUCUACUCAAAUUUGCGCUUACCCGCGUACUUCAAUGGGCUAUUGUUUAAAAGAGUUACCAUUCGAGUGAAUCACCUAUGAACUGAUGAUUGUUUGACGCGUCCUCGCACUUUGGAUCCAUGACAAAUGUAUCAAACUAGCCCUUCCACUG